AUGCCAAACACUUGUUAUUGGCCCUCAAAAAAACCUUUCACUUUAACAGUCACUCCUGCAAUAUGGAACAUACUUGAAACUGAGGAGAAUAUCAUAAAUGAAGCUGUAACAUCAAUCACAAUUCCAGAAUUUAGCGGUCAGCAGGAACUUGUGAAAUAUCGUAUAUGGGAUGGCAGAGUGGACUACUUUUCAGUACCAAAAUCUGGUGCAUCAUUUCAGGAUAUGAGUAAUGGUGCUCGCAUUUGUCUGAAAGGCGUGAAAUUUCGAGCUACUGUUAAAGGAAGGGUAGAGUUAGGAAAGAAAGUGUUUGGAAAAUGGGUACAAAUAGCCCGUAUGAGCGGAGAUAUCAAAGCUACAUGUGAGAAUGCCGAUGUCGAUGUUGUACUUGCCUGGAACGAUUUCAAAUUUACCCCAACAGCAACAGUGAACUCCGACUUUCAUAUUGAGUUCACUCACCAUUUAAGGAAUUUGGACUUUCUUAGGCAUGAGAUUCAAAAACGCGUCAGACAUAAGGUCAAUGACGAAGUUCCGAAGAAACUAGUCGAAGUAAUAGAACAGGAAGUGAACCCAAAAUUGCAAAACUUCAAGGAAAAAAUGAUUGCAAAAGGCUACAGUGACUAUGAAAUCGAAUGGAAUGUGGAGAAUAAUGCUCUUCAGAUUAGUAUCAAGCCUAAAUAA